ACCUAUCCGGAUUGAGAUUUUAGUUAUUCCAUUCUGCUAGGUAAUUAGAUUUUGCACAGCCUGGUCAGUGGUUAUAAUUAUGUAGCAGACUGAGUGUUUUGGGGGAGGAGCAUUUUUAUAAAUAAUUAUUGUAAAGAUCCCACGUAUUCAAUGUAUUUGCUCUCUCUAACUUUUACGGAUGCUCAUUUGCCCUGUAUUUUAGCAAGAAAGGGUUUUUGCUCUCUAAGUUGGAUGAUGACAAAGUGUUCCACUGUCUUGUCAUUUGGGGCAAGUCACUGCGCCUCUCUGCGCCUUAGUUUUCCCACUUGCAAACCUGGAAUGCUGCUUGUCUUACAGGAGGAUGGAGAGGCUUAAUUACUUUUUGUAAUUUGAGAAACUCAGGUAGAAAGUGCUAUAGAAGUGCAGCGAAGUAUUUUAACAUAUAGUAUAAGGGAGAAUUAGAAACUAACAAUGUGUCUUGAUUGGGAGAGGAGUGUUCGUCUAGCAGCUCAAGCAUCAGAUGCUGUUUUUCUGUUGCAUAGAAGAGGUGUCCGGAGGAGUGUAAGCAUGAAGCGAUUCAUGGCACUGCUUAAUAAAAAUAAAAACAAGGACCCUCCACAGGCCAAGCUGCUGGAUCUAGCAGGACAACUCUGCCACGAUCUUCAGAGCAUGUCUCCCAGCCUGGAGAAGCUGGUUGAGGCAAUGAUGGGGUGCAAGCUUCAGGAAUAUUUCCUCACCAACAUCAAUGUAGUCCGAGCUUGUGUGCUCGUCUAUAUCCACAGAGGUCAGCAUGACACAGCCUGCAGACUCCUGGAGUGUUGCAGGAUGAAAGAAAAGAAGGAGCUGCUGCAACUUUGGAAUGAGAUCCACUACCACAAAGUCAUGGAGAAACACCACACAGAUUCCCUGACACCAGUGCAGAAAUUCCGGUGCAGGAAGAGGAAUCCUCCACCAAUUUCCCUGUGUCCUGAAGGCAUAAAGAAUCGAAACUAUCCAGAAAAAGUGCGCCAAAAGCUGCACAGAUUUGCUGCAAAUGUGACAAUGAAUCCAAACAAGGAUCAGCGGGAGGGUUUGGCUCAGGAUAUGAACCUGCAGCCAAAUCAGGUCUAUAACUGGUUUGCCAAUUACCGUCGUCGUCAAAAAACGCGGCUCAGUCGGCUGGAAAAGCUUAUCAGCUCAAUUGAUGAGGAGUCCUCAACUCACCAAGCAAAACAUCAGCCUAACAGUGGAUCCUGCAUUCCACAAGCUGCAGAGGCAUUUCAUGCAGGCGUUGGCUCAGAGCAGAAAGAGAUUAUUACCCUUGGCCCCUGUGGUCCGGGGUGGGAGCAGUCAGCUGCGGGUCUGGACUGUUCUGCUGAUGGGACCUUUUCAGAGUUGCUGGAACCCAGCUUUCUGCAGAGCAGUGAGUUACAGGAAAUGAAGUCUACUAAAACUUCAGUGACGCCUCUCAACAGUGAAGAGCCAGCAGCUUUCUGCACUAAGACUGAGCAUGGAAUAAGCCUUAGCUCUGCCACCAUGGAGACCAGACAGACGUCAAGUUACACUGCCACUAGUCCCUGUCUGGAGAACUUUGUCCUGUGCUCCUGUGGCUCACAUCCCUUCCAAACAGAACAUCUGGACGCAAGGCAGCCAACUCCCGGUGCAGAAGGAGUCUCCGGUGCAAGCAGCCAGUGCCCCCUGUGGAGCCCUGGUACAGCAGUUCCCCUCAGGCUGUGCUUGGCAAAUCCCAGUGCCCACCAGUUUCCACAUCCCAUCUGGAGGAAAUCCAGGCCUUGGGAUAUAGCCAGGUGCUGGAGAAUCCACUAAGCGAUCCCAUGACCAGCGACACAUUCUGGGCAGCGUGGCUACUCUUUGAAUUCUCAGUCGGUGGUCGAAUGUAACUCGCACAGUGAGGCUCUGUAUGAUGGUCUGCGGUUCUGCAGUGAUUGCCCCUUUCUCGCCAAAAGAGGCAGUCAGAUAACACACUGAGGUUAACUGGGAAAGGAGACAUUUUCUAAUUGUUACCAAGUUCAUUUUGGCUACAGUUUUAUCAAGAGUUUUAAAAGUAACAAACAAAAGCAGUGCUCCCUGUGGUUCUUGCAGAUCACAGACUUUAACUGGGACAAUUUGAAACUGUGUAGCCAUUGCAAGUGUUUAGUCACUGGUUCUUUGGAAGUUAAAUUGUUCAGGUCACCCCAUGUUCAUAACUGUGUAUCUGGACGAGAUGGUUCUGGGUCCCUCUAUUGUUGUUAUUGAUGAAGUUGUGUAAAAAGCCCCUCAGUUCAAAGGGAGUAAAACCUCAGAAAUGUCAUCUACAAUGUGGAUGCCCUGUGGGUUUGUUAGGGCUGGAGAAUUUGGGACCUAGCUGAGCCUUGAUACAAAGCUGUCUCCUCCCACUUCUGCAGUUCACCUGUGCUGUGAAUUCUGGGGCACUCCAAAUCCCAUAGUGCCACAGAUCGCACAUUUUGGAGCUUUAUAGAACUCAUAGCACCCAACGAAACUGUAUUAUAGAGGAUGAGAUGGGGAAAGCCAGAGUGUCAGGGCCCAGUAGCAGGUGGACCUUGAAUUCCCCAUGAAGGUCAGAGGAAUGGAGAGGGUAGGGACAUCUGAACCCUUUCAAUCCCAGCUCCUUAGAAUUCCCAACUCCAGCUGGACAGGAGCUCUGCAACUGGUCCUAAUGGUUGCCUUUCCCACAGUCUGCAGAAGAGUGAAAAUGAAGGCCUGAUUCUCUACUGCCUUGCACUUACACCUGUACAAAGUGAAUGCAGAAUAUUGCCAUUUUCAUUCGGUAGCAUAUUAAAUUGGCUUUGCGUUUAUUUUGCAGGUACACAUUGACAGCUUGAGGUGCAGAGCAGUGGAGAAGCAGGCCCUGUAUGUCCCUGAGUACCUUGCAAAGCAGCUUUUGGGUUGUGCAGCCCCAGAUUCCCUCAGACUGCAGGAGUAUGUGGCCUCUAAUAGAAAUUGAUAACUGUAUUCAGCUGAAGUCUAAUACCUGAAUUUUGGGCAAAUAUCUGAGGCUCCUCACAGCUCUGAUUGGAGGACUACACUGCUAACAGUUCCUCUGUUCAGAUACUUUUUCCCAAACCAGCCUCCAAGCCAUCUGCUUCUGCUCCCUCUCCAUUGUAUUUUUUUUGUUAUAUCACAGAUUAGGAACCCUGCACUUUUCCUUUUAUCUCAUCCCGGAGCUAGAAAAUGGAAAUUGUGAGAGAAAUAGGAGAGAGGAGUUCAUUUGGACCCAGGCUUAAAAACACUGAGGGGCAAGUCAUUGUUUAGCUUUUUAAGUAUUUACCACAAUUGUGUACUUUUUAAAAAAGAUUGUGGAUCACAAAAGAGGAUCCUCCUUGCCCAGAGUCCAGGCUUAGGGUUCAUUGGUGGAAUGCUGAUGUCCACAUUGACUCUCUUGUAAUGAAGGAAUUUUGCAAAUAAAGUUUAUGAGUGGACAUCUCUCUCUAUGGUUCAUUUUCCACAGAGUAGAAUAUUAUGUGGUUAUAAAAAGACUUUUAAAAAGCAUAAUUCCACCAGGCCUCAGGUAUACUUGUGCUACUGCAGGGUGUGCAGGCUGCUCCCUCAGGAGUCCAUCUCUAUGGUUCUUACCAAAGUCUCAGUACCUGCGCUGGCAUUUGAUUGCUUUUUCUAACUUGGUUUCCAAACCUUUUGCAUCUGAGACACUUGUGUUUGGAGGGGGCUAUAUAAGAUUGUUGUUGUUUUUUAAUGAGGGGGAUUUAGAUGAAUUGGAGUGUAUAUGUGGUCAGGAGGGAAGCAGUCAUUUGAUGUAGUGGAGGCAGAGGGCCUCUUUCAAGACAUUUUGAAAAGUGUUCUUCCUAUUGUAACAGACUGGCUUUGUGCUGUCAUUUUCAACACUGGCUAGUUAACCCAUCCCUCUUGUUUAGAAUAGUCUUGCAGCAUGGAAGGGCUGCCACAGGCCUCUCGUCGUUCUUAAAAAAUACAUAAAUAAUAAAAUGCAGAGAAGAAAAUGCUGGUCCCUUUAGAGAGCUGAUGUUUCAAAGCAAAUCUCAGUCCUGCUUCCUUCUGCCUCCUGAUUGGGUAUGGAUGCUGGUCUUCCUUUAGCAACAGAGACAGAUAUAUCCAUCUCCUUUGCAAUUGGCUGUAGCAUGCUGUUGACCCAUAGCAACAGCAGAAGAUGGCUCAGUCUGAUAGAUACAUUAGGCUGCAGUAGCUUACAAGAACAAUAAAGCAAUGGGCACUUCCCUUGUGUAUCUAAUGUGCAAGUGGCAAAUGAAUAAAUAAGCAUAUUCUGGAGGAAAUGCCAGAAUCUUCACAAGACAUGGAAAAAUAAGCACGCACAUCUAGAAACUGCUUAUAACAGGCAUUUCAAGUGUGAACAAAGGGCUGCACUGUCAUCUCAGUGACUCUGGUGUAAAAUGCAGAGUUGAAAUGGCCUUCUGUUACUCAAUUCAUGAGGGAUCCUGGUAAAUGUAGACAUAGAACACCAGAGAAGGUAUUUUAUCAUUUACCCCAACAGAAUAAUCUUCCGCUGUCAUUAUCUAUGAUACAGUCAUUCUGUGGUAUGUGAUGUAUAUGCAUGGAACUGUGGAGGGUUCCAUGUCACUGUUACUGAAGAGAAAUGCCUUGAAUUACAAGGAAAAUUAUGCCUGUGCUGUAGUGAGGCAUAUUUCUGGCACCUUCUUCUGAAACAUCUGGUACUGGCUACUGUCAAAGACAGAACAGUGGAUUAUUAGACCAUUGUCUGACCCAGUGUAGCAAUUCCUACAUUCUUAUUGAUUACAAUUAAAGACACCAUUUUCUAAGAGAAGUAACAUUCCAAGGCAUGCAGUUGUUUGAGAUAUCAUAAUUCUUGAGUGCUGGAGGCAAUUAUCCUUUGAUCUCUUACCUUACAACAGCAGUCCACCUUGUAUUAUUUUUUUAAAACUAUCCAAGAAUUUAGGGGGGGGGUUGUGAUGCAAGAAUGAAGCUGAAAUCCUCAGAAUUCCUGAGGUAGACUUAUCUGGAGGCACUGGUAGCUACUCCAUAGUGAAAUUUACAUGACGAUUUGCUCUUAAAGCAGGAAUAAAACUGCUCUGUUUCACAGUUUGUUUAAUGAAUUAAGUUUCCAAAUUUGGUACAAGUGCUCUUCAGAGGACAAUUGAAUUUUCCAGGUCAUUUCCCAGAUGAAAUAUUUAAUUACUUCUCUUAUCUGAUCUUUUAAAUCUAGGUCUAUCGUAUCCAACAAAUCAAAAAAAGUGUGUUCUUCAUAUUCAUCUGCAAGACACAUGAAGUCAGGUGCCUGAAGCAGAACCCCAAUCUGACCCCCAGCCAGUCUUUGCAUCAUGUAGCUUCAAUAAUACUGAGUUUUUAUGAGAGACUUUGAGGAGCUAAGUGCAGUUGAACAGGUAUUUGGAAAAGACGUUCUUGCAGAAAGUCUCAAAGGAUCUGGCUUUUCAUGUUGACCUACUGGGAGCAGAGUGGAUUUCAGAGAUAUGCUGUCUGUUCCCCAUCUGUAAGCUGGCAGACUGGAUCUAUGGUGAGGAUAUAGAAGAAAAGCCAAUGAGUCAGCACUGUACAUCAGUGACUAUUGUUGCUUGAUCCUCCCUGCCCUACAAAAAGUGAUGCUGAGAGGAGUCUUUAAGGGAGAAGGCAGGGAAAUUAUUUAAAUGACGUUAUCUAGCACUAUCUGGUCAGUAUUAAAAUCAUCCACUUUGCAUCUUGCCUUGUUCUAGUUUCCUGUGCUUUACAGCCCUGGUAUUUUGCUGUGGCUUCCUAAAGGUUUUGCCUGUUGAUACAAUACAGUCAAUAAAAACCACAGGAGUGCAGAACUAAACAGGUUUAGAGUAGCCCAGCCAGGGCAAAAUCCUGUCCUGCCUACUGUGGGUGUGGUCGAAGGAAAAUGGAUACAAAGAAAAUCUUCACCUGUGCAACAGCAGAGUAAGAUUACGGUCCUGUGCUCCUCUCAGUGCUAGACCAGGACCCAGCUAACACAAUGUUGACCCAAGAAGUGUGCUGCACGUGUUUCGGGAAUAGCCAGAUCCUUCCCUCCGCCAUGCAUAUGCUGCCAUAUGUAGCAGGUUGUGGAUAUGGGUGUAUGUGGUCUCCCUAUUUGAAGCAGCAGUAAGAAGUGCUGCUGAGCAUGUUGCUGCUCUGCUCUGUGCUGGUACU